CAACCCAUUUGCUAAUUGAUGAUGAGAAAGUACAUUUUCUUCCAUGUGAACUGAUACUAGAGGAGAAGCCACAAACUGUUCGGGGAGCCACAUAAUACAGAUAUACUAGAAGAGCAGAAGUUAUAAACACAUGGUGAAACUUCAAAUGUACAUUUCAAAUACAGAAGUUAGAGCAAAAACUUUUAAAAAUUUUAAAUAAUUGUCACCCCACCACCAGCAAUCUCCAGAGGGAAGAGACCACUUGUUGGUCACCUCCAUAUAUGCGUCCAGGUUCUCUCUCAGGUGUAGCUGGUGUGCCUGCCUGCAUUGUUUCUUCAUAAAAUGUUCUUUCAUGGACACAUGUCUCUUUAGCAGCAGAGCCCCAUUGUCCACUUUAGUUGCAAGGUGGUAGUGUGCCCCAGCAGCCUGCCAUUUCAGCUGUGUAGUUCCUGUUCUAACAUGGGACGUGGGGCCACUUGACAGUCUGCCACUGAAGAGGUCAGAGAGAAGUACCUCCUGGAUCUGCUUGGAGUUUGGGCAGAAACUCCACGAGAUGAUGCAGAAAGGGCUGUUUCUCUGCAGCUCACGUUCAUAGAACCCUUCAGCCAGUUUCCAAAAGGCAAAGCACAUAUGUUUCAGUGCUCUCUAUUUUCUGGUGAUAUUCUGCUUACAGAACCUGCUUUCUUCCCAGACUCAUUGAAAUGUAAUGUUAAAGAUUUCUGCUUUCUUCUCUGCCUUUGUCCAGGGGUGGAGAGGCAGCAGGAGAGACUGGAGUAAAGUGAAGGUCUUGUACAUGCCAUGAGGAGCCCUGUUGAAUCAACUGAGAAGGGAUCUGCAGAGCAAGCGCCAUGAGUAUCUCAGCUCUUGGAGGCAGCACCAAAGGGAAACCACUACUACCAGGUGAAGAGGAACGCAAUAAUGUCCUCAAGCAGAUGAAGGUUCGGACCACGCUGAAGGGGGACAAGAGCUGGAUCACCAAGCAGGAUGAAUCAGAGGGCCACACCCUAGAGCUGCCUCCUGGUCGGAGUCGAGCCACAUCCUUUUCAUCAGCUGGGGAAGUCCCGAAGACCAGGCCUCCUAGCACAAGGGCUCCCACUGGCUAUAUCAUCCGGGGAGUGUUCACCAAGCCCAUAGACAGCUCGUGUCAGCCACAGCGGCAGUUCCCCAAGGCCAAUGGAGAUCCAAAAAGUGCUGGUGGUCUGCUGAGAGCAGCUCCCAGUGGGCUUCCUCGGCCCUCCUCCUCCGGCUAUAAGAUGACCACUGAGGAUUACAAGAAGCUGGCACCCUACAAUGUCAGACGCAGCUCAGCAUCAGGGGAUGCUGAAGAGGAGGAGGUUCUCUUCUCAUCUGAUGAGCAGAAACGGAGGUCAGAGGCUGCAAGCAGUGUGGUGAGGAAGACAGCCUCCCGGGAGCACUCCUACGUUCUGUCAGCAGCCAAGAAGAGCACCAGCAGCCCUGCCCAGGAGAUGCAGGCUCCGUUCAUUGCAAAGAGGGUUGAGGUGGUGGAUGAGGACAGGCCUUCUGAGAAGAGCCAGGACCCACCUGCUCUAGGAAGAUCCUCUCCUGGCUCGAGCAGUGUGGAUGGAGACAGAGCCAAAGUGUCUCAGGGGAUUUGGAUUGAGCACAUGCUGACUCUGCCCAGCCCUGCCAGGAGCUGGGAGCCCAGUACAAGAGGUGAGGAAGUUGUCCACCUGCAGAUCACGACACCUGGGGCAGGACUCCGCCUGAUGACCCCAGACCUGGAAGGAAUGAGGUCUUCCCUGGGCUCCAAAUACAAGGAGGACCCCAGCCCUAGAGAGGCCAAGGAAGACUUGGCUGGUGAGGAGGCCUGCAAGGGCCCCAAUCUAGACCUAAGGUCAAGUGCACAGUCAAGUGAUGGCAAUGUGGGAUCCAGAGCCAUGGGCUUCCCACCUGAAGGCUUGAUUGAAGCAGACAUUGACUCUGGGAGAGGAGGCUCCAGCUCCACUUUGGCCUCUGCUGGACCAGCUGACCAGAAGAGUGACAGUCCAGCAAACCUGGAGGACAAGGAUGCACACUCGAAGGGGUGUUCACUCUUCCUCAGCACCUUGGCUGAUUCUGAAGACAAGAAUGUGGCUGCCAAGGUGGGAGAGACCUGGCAAGAAAGGCCUGCAGUCCUGAGAGGUGGCCAUGGGGACCCAGCUGCACCCUCCCAGCAGUCUGCAGCCCCCAGGACCCCAGAGCAGCAGAGCAUCCCCAGAAGACCAGAGCAGCUUGUGGAACUGGACAGCCAGGCCAGCAGGUGUUCACUGUUCCUCAGCACCUUGGCUGAUUCUGAAGACAAGAAUGUGCCUGCCCAAGUGGGAGAGACCUGGCAGGAGAGGCCUGCAGUCCUGAGAGGUGGCCACGGGGACCCAGCUGCACCCUUCCAGCAGCCUGCAGCCCCCAGAACCCCAGAGCAGCAGAGCAGCCCCAGAAGACCAGAGGAGCUUGUGGAACUGGGAAGCCACACCAGCAGGGUGAAAAACCCCUCGAGCUGUAUGGUCACUGUUACCAUUACUCCUUCUACUGAGCAGCCUCAUGUUUACAUCCCAGCCUCCCCAAGUGAAUUGGACUCCAUUUCAACCAGCAAAGGGAUUCUCUUCAUGAAGGAAUACAUGAAUGCUAGUGAGGUAUCCUCUGGGAAGCCAGUGUCUUCAUGCUAUGACAGCAUUAGAAGCAUUGAAGACUCAUGUGAUGUGGAGAAGAAACCUGCAUGUGACAGCUCUCUGUACUCCGAAAGAACAACUGGAGGGAUCUGUACUUACUGCAACCAGGAGAUCAGAGACUGUCCAAAGAUUACCCUAGAGCAUCUUGGCAUCUGCUGCCAUGAUUAUUGCUUUAAGUGUGGGAUUUGCAGUAAACCAAUGGGUGAGCUCCUGGAUCAGAUCUUCAUUCACCAUGACACCAUCCACUGUGGGAAAUGCUAUGAGAAGCUCUUCUAGCUCUUCCAGGCUGAGAAGAAGUUGAUGACUCCUGGACAAGUUUGGCUGUCCUCAGUUGCCCCAAGUUGCUAGCUCCUCUUCCCUCACUUUCCUCCUCCCCAUUUGAUUUCUUCAGACUUUUGCCCUUCUCAAGUUGAACUGAUUGCAUCUAGUAGAGUAUCUUAAUGAUGACAAUAACGUGUGUGUGUAGCUUUUAAUAGCUUAGCAAGCACUUUACAUCUAUGAUCUUAUUUCAGGCUCAAGAAAAAAAAAAGAUGGAACAAGAAUUCCAUCUUGGCUUUCUUAAGAUAGGUUGGCUUCCUGAUGAGUUUAGAUGGUCUGGUACGAUAGGCAGGAGCAUGAGUUUCAGCGUGUCCUGACUUUUGGGACAGAGAGCAACCCCACAUUCUAGGUUACAGCUCUAAGUGUAUCUUUGGGGCUUGAAAACAAGAGGUCUCCUGAAGCUUCUGAGGGGCCAGGUGGGUAAAUCUCUGGUGGGUAAAUUGCAGACAUUGAAUGCUAGGGAUUGGCUUAGGCUAAUAUUUAGCUUGUCUGUUAUAGUUGCCAUAUAUAUGUGUGUAUGUAUGUAUACAUAUAUAUAUACAUACAUUUAUAUAUUUAACUUUCCAUACACAUUUAAAAAUAGUUAAUUGCUUUUUAUUGAGUUAUAUAGCAGAUUUUAAUUAUCUUCUUCCCACUUUUCACUAUAAUUGAGGGUUUUUUUUUUCCUGCAAGCUUGUGGGCAUGCAUUUGAAAGUCUACACAGAUAAGAUUACAUUCCAUGGGGUGUGAUUCUUAAGAGGCCACUGACCAAAGGAACAUCUGUCUCUGAAUCUUGAUAGCUGAUUAAUACCUUUUCCCUCAAUUCCAAUAGUUACACAGAAAUCUUCAAAAGUAGGUUUCAGGUUGUAUAGACUCCAGCAGGAUUAAGAAGGAAGAAAAACAGUUAACAUUUCUCAAGGCCUUACUACCUAUCAGGCAUUAUCACAAAGUGAUGGCAUCAAUCCUCAUACUAAUCCUAUGCAGAGGUUAUUUUUGUCCCCAAUUUAUAUAUGGGAAUAUCAAGACUCAGAAGGUGGUCACUACAUCAUGUGGAACCAUUGCUGUCUCUCUCCAGAACCCAUGUUCUCAGUAACAGUAACCACAUUACCAAGCAUUGAUUUAGUGUCAUGUGCCAAGGUCUGUGCGGAGGUUACCUCAUUUUACCAAGUAACAUUGCCCUCCAUAGGUCUCCCCUGAGGCAUACUCUUACAAAGAGAGGAAAGUAUAAAAUCAUGUUCCUCCUCUGGGCAUCCUAGGUCUCCCUGUGAAGUACCACAAAAGUCAAAGUGCCCUCCUUCCCUCUCCUCCCCUUUCUAUGAAAAUAAUUUUGAACUGAGAUACUCUUCCAAACUUAGAUUUCUCUGCUGGGUAGAGACUUGACUCACAGACCUUCCCAAAGAAGAGCUUGUCAACCCAGGGAAAGCCACAGUGAGCUACCCGAUCUGAGCUAGCCAGGAUAUCAGCAACUACUGGAGUCCCAAGUACUUGGAACAGAGAAACCUGUUGACUGUCUAAACAAAUUGCAGGCCCAUCCAUGUGGUCAGCUGAUACUCUACUCAGGUUCAACUAAGCUCAUCUGCCUUUGGGACCAGGAUCACUGUGUAAGGUCCUUGAGAGGAAGGACAACCUGAAAGUUUUCUGAUGAAAACUGAGGGUCUGUUCCCUUAAUUUAAUUAGAAAAUGUCUCCAUCUCUCUCCAGUUUCUGACUCCUACGCACAUUGGCUGGUGGACUUGUCUUCCUGUCAAAUGAUCAGAGAGGAACAUUCCAUUUAUUUGCAUAGAUGUGCAUCAGAUUUGCUCUGGAGGGGAAAAGUGAUACAAUAGGUCAUGUACCACUAAAUAUGAGCUGGUAUUCCCCAGGUAUAGCCCACAGCGAGGGAUUUGGCACAUGAUAGACACUGACACAUAGGUGCUAAAUGAAUGAAUAAAAGGGAAAGAAAGGCUGCUCCUUUGUGUUGGAGGUACCAACCCUGAGUCAGUAUAGCCUAGUUGAUCGAGUACAGGAUAAAGAGAUCCAAGAUAGGCUGACUUCUCCACCUUUAAGAUACACUGUGCCUUUAAGGGAGUUUUAGAACCAAUAUGCAAGAAAUUGAUGGAAAGCUUGUAAGAUCAAUAUUGAUUUCUAUUCAAAACAGACACUUUCAUGUCUAAAAAGGCACAAAAUUCUGCAGACUUAAGAGAGGUGGUUGCAUUAUACUUUUGCUUCUUUUUAAUUAUCUAGUGUUUUUAAUCACAUUUGCUUAACCCAAAUUAAUGUACUCAAUUAUAAUAAAUAUUGAGAUAUUAAAUAUGUCAAUGUAGUCAA